AUGGCCGCAGAAAUCGGCGUCGUCGCUAGCAUAAUCACCGUCGUGGGUGUAGCAAUCACAAGUAGCAAGAAGCUUUACGAAACAGUUGUCUCUUACAAAAGCGCUGACAACGAUUUGAAAGAAUUUAGCGAUGAGGUCCAGACUAUUCAGUUGAUCCUGGAGGCGCUGGAAGCCAGUCUGAAGGGAACAUCGGAGAGCAACACGUCUGGUAAUCUCCAAAAGUGUUUGAGAGACUUCAAACCGACGAUGGAGAGUCUCUCGCAGCUUUGUGAUGAAAUCAAGGCGAAAGCCAUCACGGGCACCAUGACUGUCCGAGACAAGCUCAAAUAUCUCUUCAAGGAGAAGGCAUUUUCAGCCUAUAAGUACCGCCUCAACAGCUACAAGCUGACGAUCAACAUUGUAAUGGGCCUAGUAGUACUCAUCAAGUCGAAUAAUGACAGGAAAGUCAUCGAAGACCUCCAAAACAACAUUGCCACCGCUCUAGGCAAGAUCACAGGGCAGAUAGAAGGCAUGCAGAUCAGUGUUCAGCCGAUCAUCCCUGUCGACGAGGCAGCGCACAACGCCACGGCGCCUAACGAAACCAACACAGUGAUAUACGAGCUAGGUCAGUGCUUGAAGGUCUCUCAAAGUGCGCUCGAUGCAGCACCUCCAAAAGCGAAAUAUUCAAUUGGAGAAUUGGAGCUUUUUGAUGAAGCGCGUCAGGUUGUGGCAAUCACCGAGGGCAAACCCGGUCUUGUUGGGACUGCGAGAGCACAUAAUUCCAGCGUGCAGACCAUCACGGAUGUAGCUCUUCCAACUGAGUUCCUCAUGGGCUUGAUUUCGCCCGCUUUCAAGGGUGCGCGCUGA